GACUGACAUUGUUGGAGGUGCUGUUCGUUGGAGGCGUUAUCUGGAUCAUCUGAUACUGUCACUUUGCAAUGACGAGAACGCGUUUAGAAGGAUGGAGCCGCUUCUCUUACAUAUUCUUCGAAUUGGUUUCUAUGAGAUUCUCAAGCUGGAUAUGCCACCAUAUGCUGUUGUGGAUGAGGAAAAGAUAUCCAAGAAGUUUGAUAAAGUUUUGUUGGAUGCUCCUUGUUUUGGAUUGGGUGUCCUCUCCAAGAGAGUGGACUUACGUUGGAACCGGAGAUUAGAGGAUUUGGAACAGUUGACAAAUUUACAAGAUGAGCUCUUCGAUGCAGCUUCAUUAUUAGUGAAGCCUGGAGGGACACUUGUGUACAGUACUUGUUCCAUUGAUCCUGAAGAGAAUGAGGGGAGUGUGGCUGCCUUUCUCCUCAAGCAUUCGGAAAGGCCUCACAUGUUUCAAUUUGUUCCUAGCAGAGAACUGGUCAAAGCAGUGAAGAAGCUUCUUAAGAUGAUCCCACAGAACAUAUAAGAAGGCUUGAGGGAGUUCCUGUAUUUACUGUUCAAAAUUUGA